AUGACAUGGAUUUCUGAAGACGACUUUCAACAAAAAGACUUUCCGCCUAUGAGUGAAAAGCUGAACAACUGGAACAUGUCAGAAACUUACAGAAGGUUGGAUACCACACCUGAAGAAACGGGACACCUGCCGUUUCUACAGAAUUUCAAAAAUCCUUGUUGGCGAGAAACUGAUUCAAAUGUGAGCAUGCGCAUCAGAUGUCUUCCUUAUUUCUUCCUUGUAGGAGCACCUAAAUGUGGAUCAACAGAUUUGCACAGAAGACUGGUCAUGCAUCCUCUAAUUUCAGCUAAAUGUCGAAAAGAGCCUCACUGGAUAGCAAGAAAAAGAUUUGCUGGAGGAAAAAGUAGAAAUCUUUCAGACUAUCUGGCCUAUUACGACAGAGCUGUGGAGAGAGACAUACACAGGAUAGUGACAAAUGGCUACCAUAACGCUAUAUUUGGGGAGUGCAAUGCUGUCGGUCUAUUGGGCGCACCUAAUGCAAAAACUGGUUUUGAAACUACUAUAAAAGCAAUGAACUAA